AUCGUUAGCUAUGGAAUGAUUUGCAACGUAGCCGGUAGCUUUUGACUGCAGUCGCUGUCCGAUUUCCAUUCUGUAGGACUCCGCCUGAGUUCCUCAUCUAUGAGCAGUUACCCGGUUUCGGUUUGCUCGCCGUUAACCGUAAUGAGUCUUUAAUAUCUGAGCUGCUGGGUGAUUACUUCACUCCUGUGCAUGCGUCUCUGAGCCCGUUAUCCAAAAGCCUCCUAACAAUAAUGCUGGUGCAUUUGAAAUACUUGUGCAACUUGUGACAAAGUCAGUAUGUGGCACAUCCGUCACCGUCGUCUCUUAUCUGCAGUGCUUUUAAAGCUGUAAAGGCAGGAAGGAAGCGCGCCGAAUGCAGCUUGCUGGAGAGACACCAUCUUAGCUGAUUUCUUAAAGGGACAGCAGCCUUGAAUUUGCAUGGGAUGAAUAAAUUGUUGUUGCUGCUCUCUAAUUCUAUAUUCUAUUGUCUUUUGUCAUCCGCUCUCAGUUAUUAAAGGUUUUAAUUUCAAUGUGUUGCCGGUAAUGCAUUGCCUAAUAAGAUACUGCAGCUUUUACUCAACUAGGACUGUCUGUAGGCUACUGAAAACUGGCAUGAACAUCCCAUGACAAGGAGAGGGCCACAUAUGUAGUGUGCAUUUGUAACUGUAUUUUAUUUGUUUUUGUUGCACAAAAGUAUGUACUGGAACAUUUAAAGGGUAAUAUUGAUAUCUAGAGCUGCUAUAAUUCCUGUCACUAUCACAAAUGAAUGAACGGCCAUUUAUCUGUGAUAGCCAACGGUCAUUAUUCAGAAAUAUAAACUAUUUCACAGCAGAAUGCAGUGAAAGUAUUCUAGAGAGCUGUGUUUAAAAAAAAAAAAAAAAAAAGGAAUUCAAUAUUAGAAAAUAAGGUGUACCUUAUUUUAAUGGUAUGCAUAUAAUUACUGAACAUUUAGAGAAAAAGAACAGAAGAUCAUCUCAAAGUGUCCAAAUAUCUUGCAAAACUCAGCAUGGCCAAUAUAUUGAUCCAUCACUACAAAGAUGUAUUGUUAAGGUAAAUGGUAAUAAUGGUUCCCAAGUUAAUGGUUAGUUAUAUAGCAAUACCCUAGACAAUAGCCAUUAUUCUAAGAGAUUUGACUGCAGAAUGCAGUGAUUGGCCAGUCAGAAUCGAGUAGAGAGUUUAUUCAUUUAUUAAAACAAAAAAUCAUCCAGCUUAUUGGAUAUGAUCAUCUCAAUAUGGCCAAAUAUCUUGCGGUCGGCCGAUAUAUUGAUCUCUACAAAGAUGCAUUGUUAAUGUAUUAUAUGCUUUAAUCUACUCUGUAGAACAACUGUAAGUAUAAAAUACAUCAUUAAUGUAAUUUUAAAACAUCUUUUGCCUUUAAUAUCUUACGUUGGCAUGUUUUGGAAUUGAGCUAAUUCAUUGGAGCAGUGUCUCCUGCAGGAGCUGUUAUUGAAGGAGUCAGGGAGGUGAGUGGACUGAGGCGUUAUCAUUGGAGGAACAGAGAGUGCUCUGGGCGUGCCAGACAGCUGGUAAUCAUUAACAUCUGUGGACAAACUUUGGUCAAAGUGGUUAAACACUCAUCUACCCUCUGUAAGUCUCAGCCUGGGUUUUGUCAGGGUGACAUCGUUUCAGGAGGGUGUUCUAGGUUGAGGCAUCCAUUGGCAGCCUAAUCAAGCCAGCUAGCCAUGGGGUGAUGUAAAGUGUAUCUGUUUUUAGGAGUUGAGACAGUUAGGGACUGUCACUGUCCUAGAGCACAGUUAUUUUUAGGAGAAGGGUGCAGUCGGCCCUGGGUGUGACUGAGGUUGUGUUUUUGCAGGGCGGCUGUGGUGCACGCCUAGCAGUUCCUCUCACUCCCUGUCUUAAAUUGCCUCUCAUGUUAUUGACUACACUUUAGUGUCACUCCCUUAACCUGUCCUAAUGCUUAGUUCUAAAAGUGCAACACAAAUUAGUCAGUGUUCUGUUUUUUUAUAAACUUUAUUCAGUAUUGUGUAAAGUAGUCCACUUCCUCCUUAGAUAUUUCAGGUAAGUCAACAAAAUGGUGUAAUCAUCACAUGCUUUGUUGACCAUUGUCCCCGUUUAAAAGCCCAUUGUCUUUGCUCUAUUCUCAAUAAUGUUAACCACAUGAAGUUUGUGCUUCUGGCACCUUCAGUUUAGGCCUUAUUCUGAAUACAGUUUGUGAGUACAGAUACAGCUGGUAGUCCAGCUAGUCCAGCAUGUCUUUUAUGAUCCACUAAUACAAGGUCAUAAAAGACUCUCACACUCAGUCAGGUGUAAAAUCCCUUUAUAUUCUUACACCCUGCAGACUAGGGUCAACAUUACACCUGCAGAUCUGAAGUUCUUCCUGUUGUUCAUUGGUUUCCAGUUGUGGUAGUUAAUCAUUAUUGGUGAAAUAGAAAAUAGUCUUUUGCAGUUUUAAUUAUUGAUAAGUGAAACUUUUUUUUAAUCUAAAGCUUGUAUUUCAGUGAACAGUCUUGGGAUUUAGACUUGUUUAGCAUAUCAACUUCUGGUUAGGGACCACAGUCCUGUCUCACUCACUUUUUUUCAAGAAAGUUUGAAAAUAAACAUUACAUUGAAAGAAUGUAGUGCCAUUUAAGCCCAAAGUAUGCACAGUUGAAUGCACAGCCUUUCUAGGUAUAUUUUGUAUACUAUUUGAUUGCGUGCAUGAACACAGGUGGUCAACACAUGCAGACUAGUAGGUUUCGUCCUUGUCCAGUGUCUUUUUCUCCAAAAGUUCUGAGUGAUGAAAAUGUUUUUGUUUGUUGAUUUAAACUAGAGUUGCCAAUAUCUUUUAACCCUCUCACACAACACAAGUGCUCUUCAACUAAUUAGUGCAAAAAAAAAAAAAAAUUAAGGUCCAUGUGCACAUACAAAGUAUGCAGGGUUAGAAAAAUCAGGCUGCACAUGUACUGUGCUGAUGACGAAAUUAGUUUCUCACUGUACGUAUACUCUAUUGUACAUGUAAAAAACAAAGUAUGCUUUGGGCUUUAAUUGAUAAUAUUCUAACAGGUACAUUCACAUUUUUGUAGAGGACAACCGAUUGAUCGGUUUUGCAGGUUAAUUGGCACCGCUAACCGAUUGCUGGAAAAAUCUUUUUUUUGUCAAAAAUCCAUACCGUUUUACCAUGUUCCGUCCAUUACUGGAGCAUCUGAGAAGGGUCCGCUGUCAUUAUACAGUACAAGAGUGGCCUCAAGAGGUGAAAUCUCUGAUGACUUGUGGAGUUUUUGAUGCGUGAGACUGCGCUGCAUAGAGUGGUACACUUCAGUGUGGAUUUAAAUCAUAAACAAUAAAAAGGUAUGUAUACAGUACCCUUUAUUGACUAGAUGCUGCAUCAGUAGAGAAAGAACAGCAGUAUAUUUGACGUCGAGGCUGAGACCUCAAUGGGUUAAAAUGGUGUGUCUGACAUGCAAGCCCGACCCAAAUGUUUAAUGCCACGAUUGUUACCAUCUGUGCACAUUAGUUUAUGUCCAGCUGGUGACUUUUAUGAAUUCGUUAGCCAGCGAAGCAUAUUUAAAGCUAGUGACAUGAGAAAGCCGAUUGACAGAAACAUAAACAAAUCAGAAACGUAUCCAAUUUCAGUUCUUUAAAAUUCAAACAUAUUGUUUUGAAUGUACACACACCAACGGUGCACAGUCACAACUCAGUAGGUGGUUCCAAAUCCUGCAGCUUCUGUGUUUCACUGUGGAUUCUUUGGUAAAUCAAUCACACUACCUGCGCAGUCUUUGCAAACAGACUUUUAUGAUAUGGAUUCAACAGUAAUGCGACAACAUUGUCAGACGAGUCCGAAGAAAUCCACUACAGCCACCUCUGAGCCUGUUGAGGAGAUGCCAUCCAUACAAAUCAAGUCGGAGCCAGAAGAGGUGGAGUGUAUGGUGAAAGAAGAGCCGUUAGACGAUUGUCUUGAGCCCACAGACCUCAAAAUCAAAUCCUCACCCCCUCCGCUCUGUGACAUCAGCACCCAACACAAUGAUGACGACCAGACGGAACCUGUGGACCUGUCCCUCAACAAGCCCCGCCCAUCCCUUCCGGUAGCCACGGCGACCUCUACUCCUGCAAACCCGCCUCUCCAAAACAUCACGGCAAGUGCCACCAUCCCGGCGGUGCUGUCACCAGGCUCCAUACUGGCAUCCACGCAAGGGGUCGGAGGUCAGCAGAUCCUCCAUGUCAUCCACACCAUACCCUCCGUGAACAUGCCCAGUAAAGUGGGGCAGCUGCAAACCAUCCCCGUGGUGGUACAAUCCUUACCGGUGGUUUAUACAACCGUACCCACAGAUGGAGUGGCCACUGCUGCCAUCACUGUACCUCUUAUUGGAAGCGACGGCCGGUCGGAGGGAUCAGUGCGUAUAAAGCCAGGCUCAACCUCUCCAGUGGAGUAUCAGUCUGACAGUGAUGCUGAAAGCGGCACAGAGUCUGGAUCAGCCUCUUUUAGCACGCAAGGGAUGGACCCCAGUAUGAAUACAGAUGUGGACAUACAAGUUGACCCCGACUCGCCGGACAUGAAGAGAAGACGUGUGCACAUGUGCGAUUAUGAUGGUUGCAACAAAGUCUACACCAAGAGCUCGCAUCUGAAAGCCCACCGGAGAAUACACACAGGUGAAAAGCCAUACCAGUGCACAUGGGAGGGCUGUACCUGGCGCUUUGCCCGCUCUGACGAGCUGACGCGACACUUUCGCAAGCACACCGGCAUCAAACCCUUUCGCUGCACCGACUGCGAUCGCAGCUUCUCCCGCUCUGACCACCUGGCACUUCACCGACGGCGCCAUGUCAUGAUGUGAUUUUUGCGCCACCCUCCCCAGCCCUCACCUCCCUGCCUGCUCCUCAGGAGACAUGCGCGCCCAUCCGGGGAUUCCAAAUGCUGUUGACGCCACCUCCCCAGUCUCCGGAUAUGAACAUAUGUGUUGAAUAUGGAGAAGGAUAUGGUGCAAUCAUAUUGGUUACCCCUCCUGGUCAACAUGUCUGCAGUUUUCUGCCAAGCUUCUAAAAGCCACAAACCACCCGUCCACUGGUGACCUUCACCUCCAUCUUAAUGCCUGAUCAUUAGCCGUUACUUGAAGGGACUAUAAGAAAGGCAAACCGCUCGCAGCAUUGCUAUAAGCAGAGAGUGAAGAUUGGGGAAGGUACCCCUUAUUGAGAUGAUUCUUUUGAAACAAGUAUAGAAGUUUAUGAGAAAAUAAAGGAUUUUAUGCAAGAUGGUUAGGAAAAAAGUAGAGUUAUGUAAUAAAUUUGGUCAACAAGGUAGAGUUAUGUAAUAAAUUUGGUCAACAAGGGUUGGAUAUACAUCUACAGCUGCCUUUUCGAAUUUUUACAUUUUAUCCGAACUUUUUGUUGUCCUAAAUUUGUAUACAAAGCUCUACAUGCAUCUUGGGGCCUAUACGUUUCUGUGUGGAUGGAAGUUAACAUAGAGUGCAUUGUAAAGACAGCUGAAGAUGUACCUUGAUUUAGAUGUUUUUUUGUUUGUUUUUGUUUUUUUGUUUUUUAUAAAUAGUUUUGGUUUGAGUUUUGAAAUGAGAAGUAGAGGCAGGGAGCUGACAAGACUGUGAAUUUUUGUAAAAUAUUUUCCUUGAUUUGAUUAGUAUGUGUUGUCUAAGCAUCUUCCCAAAAAUAGUUUGGCGCAAAAACAGUAUUUUUCUUUUUUCUUUUUUUUCUUUUUUUUUUAAAGACAUUUUAAUUGCCAAUAAUGGAGUUUAACAUAAAAAACACCUUUUGAUAUGUGUAAAUCUAACCUUCAGAUAUUAUUUCAUAAGGCUGUGAAAAACAUUUUAAAAAAACAACAUAACUCGCAGGGAAAGGGGGGAUCUUACUAAAUUGGUGUGUAUGUGUGUGUAUGUCUGUGUAUAAGCACACUUGUUUGCAUAUUUGUAAAGAAGACAUAAUCGGAGAUAUAAUAGUAGAGAUGUCUAGAUGCAUUGUUACUUCUAGCCCAUCAGAGCCUUAAUUGAAGUAAAUGUGCAAAUUUGAUUUGCGCAACAGGUUUUCGGAGUUCCUCGGGGUUCGAUACUGGGACCCCUAUUUUUGUGAGGCACCUUGAAAAUCCCUAUUUGCACCUAGUUCACAGUGACAAAACAUGUCUUAACAGUUCCUGCCCUGAUAUGCAUGAUAUGCAAAAAUAACCCCUCAACCCCAACAAUAUGUUGAAGUUAUUGGACAGUGAUAUUAUGAAAAUGUUGGGCAGAGUCCAUAUAAAUCUGACGAGAGGGUAUCCUGGACACUUCUUCCCUCUAGCUAGCACUCAUUGCCAUGGUCAUAAUUUCCGUUGCUAGCAGCUGAGCAAGUGUGCAUUAUGCUUUUUUUCAGAAGAAAUGCUUGUUUGAUUCCAGCCUUUGAGAGCUAAGUGCAUGUCUGCAGCAGCUACAAAAACUUUGGUCCAGAGAGCAAUGUAGUCGCAAGUUUGUAUUGUUCUCUCGCUUCAACUUAAACGUUACUAAGCACAUCUUUCUAGAAGAGUAUAUGCAUUUGAUUGCAAUCCCUUUCUUUUUUAAAACUGUUCAUAGACAUACAGACAAUGAAUAAUUAAAGAGUUAAUGUACAUAUUGUAUAUAAUCUACAAAGUUCUUGAAUAAAUGUAACGGGUGGAUUUCUAUUUUUAACACUGACUAGAUAAUGUGAAAUACUCAUUUUCUUUCUCUUUUUAGUUUUUUCUUUGAAAUGUAUUUUUUUAUUUCUUUUUUAAUCUCUUAAAUUGAAUCCCUAAUGUGUUGUACACCCCUAAAGUGUUGCAUGGAGAGUAGAGUUUUCUUUACGUCGGUGAGCAUGUCAAAGCAUUGGUGCCCUGACAGAUGUGGCCUAUAAGCACUGAUAAUCCACAUGAAAUCCAUGAAAUGUGUGCAACCAUGGCCAUUCAUAGCACAUGCAUGGCCUAUUUCUAAUUACUACAAGACAUGCUGGUGACAUGUACCUUCAUAUCAUCCUAAAUUUAAAUUAUUGUUUUCCAAGAUGGCAUAUUGUUAGGAGUCAGCCCCUUGUCAAUGAAGUGCCCACGACUGAAUUUUGUGACAUCCUUGUCUAUCUGAGCAUGUUUGAUUAUCAUCACUUGUAUCUGAUUUGUUUAAAAUAGUAUGCAAUCUUGUGCUUGAAUCAUGAAAGGGUUUGGGGUUUCGUGUGAGUGUAUGUGUGCAAGUGUGGUUAUCAUUAAAUUCUCUUUUAAACUUUCAGAAUCAUAGGUAUUUUAUAUUGAAUGCAGUAACUUAUGGGCCAGUACUAUAUUACUCAGUGCAAUGCAGUUAUCAUUAUAACAAGACAAGUAAUUAAUGUUAUUUCUUUUGUAUUUGUACAGAACAAGUGUGUAAAGAUCAGCAAGGAAAACACAAGGUUUUUGAUACUGUGAGAAAUGGUGUUAAAAGUCAGUUUCCCUUGUACAGUUGUGAUUACCCACUCCUUUUAUAGAAUAAAAUGUUUUGGUGCAGA